CCACACAACCAGGCGAUGUCAGCAUCUGACGAGAGCUGAAGUGGUGAAGAUGUGCGAUGCUGGCUGUCUGCCGCCCUCACAUCACGUGACUCAGUCCUCGCAGUCCUCGUUUUGUAUAGUUUUCUAUUUAUUGAUAGGCGCGCUCUGUUUUCUACCACAGAAUCAUGGCAUUUUUCUCUACCUUCAGCCUUCCGUUGCCUGUCACCAUGCUCUGAUACUUCACACACUGAGAAUGAUUACAGACCUGUUUACUAAGCUUCAGGGUGACGUCACAUAAGCCAACUGUCAACAAUGUCUGGUCAUCAGCCGUCUGCUCCACGAAAGGGACAGCGCCCUAAGGGAAGAGGAGGCAAACAACAUUCUACAGGUCGUAGUCGGGUGGAAGUUUACCUACACACCGUGACUGACCAACAGGCUGAGCUACUUGCUGACACAGCGAACACACGUCCCCUGGAAGAGGUGAAGAAGAAGUCAGGAGCUGAUGUAAACUUUGACCCCAACCCCUCACCUGUACCAGGUAUGAAGGUUCUCAUCAUCCGCGGUGAUGCUUCUCAGAUCAAAGCAGCAGUUAGUCUCAUCAAUCAGAAGACUGGCUCAAAGAUUCUGUGGUCCGGCGACAACAGUGACUGUGCCAUGUACAAGUCCUCCACGUGUGAGUGUCAAGACCCUGGGUCAGGCCGUGUGGUGGACAGGACAGUGCUACACUGCUGUCAUCACACUCUUCCCGGAGCAACUUCACCUGCUACACACGGCGCCUCCAAAACUCUUUCUCACCGGACCACCCGGUACAGGUAAAACUGUGGUGCUGCUGAUGAUGGGUAUAAAAUGGCUGCUUGGUGGUCACCCCGUCUACAUUGUCAGUACUUGUUUUGGGAGUCGUGCAGCGAGCAUCAUGCUGUAUCACCUGUUGCUGCAGACAAUAAACACACAACAGUCAGCAGGUGUCUCACCCGGUCAGCCUCACCUCCUGGAGUAUCAUCUUGAUAAAGGUGAAGACGUGGAGGCGGAGAAGGCCAUCAACGACUUGUCACAGGC